UCAACGUCAAAACAUUGGGGAAUAUCCCAAACUUUUAUUAUAACACUUAAUUACUUUAUAAGUUAUACGUCGAUCGAGAAGGGACAAACAACAAUCGCGAACACAAGGUUAAGGUGAGGGCUGAAGGAAGGAAGAAAUGUUGACCAAGAAAGUUAUCUUUUUGCUUCUAAUCCUAACUGCUGCAGCAGAGGGUUGGUUUUGGCGCUCGAAGGUCUGCUAUGGAAAAUACGGCUGCUUCUAUAAGCAUCCUGGAGUUCGUUGGGGGUUGAUCACUGUCAGACCAAAACUACCAGAAAGCCCAUCUAAUGUUGGCACGAAAUUCAACAUGUAUACAAGAAGUGGGUCUGCAGAAGUUGAUGACGUAGAUAGAAGUAGGCUGGGAGUAGCUAAAUUCAACAUCAGGCGUCGAACUAUCUUCUUGAUUCAUGGCUGGAGGGAUAAUCCAAGAAACUGGGCCUUACGUAUGAAAGACGCACUUUUGCAGCGGGAGGACUGCAAUGUGGUUGUGGUGGACUGGUCUAUAGGAGCAAAGAAAGGUUAUUUUCAAUCUGCAGGAAACACUCGACUUGUUGGGGCUCAAAUAGCAGAGCUCAUAAGGUUCCUGAUAAUCAGUGCCUCUGGAUCAUCUGACUUGGCCAAGAGGUUUUACGUUAUAGGACUUAGUCUUGGUGGUCAGACGGCAGGCUAUGCUGGAAACUAUCUGAAGGAUAAAGCAAGAAUGACACUUGGCCGUAUUACAG